CACUAGGAAAUCAAAUCGGACGUCGAUAAACCCCCAAAUAAAAAAAAGAAAAUCUAAAAAAUAAUAUGCUGUAUACAACUUACAGCAUAAAAAUAUAUUUCAUAAAAUUACCGUUAAAAAAACCCUUUAGCUAAAACAUUCCGUUGGUUGUGAUAUAUUUGUAUUUGUUGUUAUUUUUGUACGAAUUGUAUUUUGUUAUUGUAUAUUGGAGAUUUAUUUUUUAUGAAGAAUGGUCAUGAUCGUGAAGUGCCGCGGCGAUGGCGCGUCCCUGAGCGCCGCCGGCAGCAAGCGCUCCGCCGUCUCGGCUUCGGACGCCGAGUGCUUCUCGCUGUGCCUGGGCGCCGGGCCUCUGUGGUGGUCCGAUGUCCCAGCGAACGACUCGGCACCGCCCGGAGGGGUGAACGGCGGGGCUUCGAGCCCCGCAACCCCAUCCACCCCCACCCACGACGACAACAAUCGAGACUUGUUGAGCGCGCUACUAUGGGGCAGCGCGUCCUCUCUCAGCGGCAGCGCCGAGAGCCUGUGCUCCGAACACCCUGCGCUGCAGACCCAGCAUCAGCAAGCGGUGGUUAAUAAGAUCCUGGAGCGCAAGGACCGUCAGCCCGUCAAGAUCGACUUCAAAAUCUUCCUCACCGAAAACACUGUCACCCGUUGGGAAGCUGUGGUACAAGGCAACACUAUGUUUUUGCGCCUGCCUGGAGUUCUGCAAGCCGGUAGCAAGGAGAGCUUCAUGCUGCUGCUAGACUUCGCUGAAGAGCGUCUUCACGUUGCUCACUGCAUAAUCUGCGUGCUGAAGACCCGCCCGGACCGCGCGACACUCCUGCGCACCUUCAUGUUCAUGGGCUUCGCGCCGCUGCCGCCCGCCGCGCCACUGCUGCCCGCCGACCUCGCGCGCCCCGACUAUAUAUUCCUGCACUACAACAUGCAGUAACUGUGGAUGUGGACCAAGUAGGGGGACUGACACAUAGGUACUGCAAGUCAACCACCCACAUCUAACGGCUCAGUCACGACAGUCUAAGCGCGACAGCGGUGAGCGGCAACCAUACGAAUGAAAAGUCCCAUCGCUGUGUCUCGCUCCAAUGUAUGGUCGUGGCUGAGCCGUAAUGGCUCAGUCACGACAGUCUAAGCGCGACAGCGGUGAGGGGCAACCAUACGAAUGAAAAGUCCCAUCGCUGUGUCUCGCUCCAAUGUAUGGUCGUGGCUGAGCCGUAACGGCUCAGUUACGACGGUCUAAGCGCGGCAGUGGCGGCCAUACAUUGCGAGCGAGACGCAGCGAUGGGACUUUCCAUUCGCACGUAUGGUUGCCGCUCACCGCUGUCGCGCUUAGACCAAUGUCGUGGCUGGACCGUCACGCAGACCGACCGCUCGAAGCGCUCCGCACCAGACUAAUAUACGUGAUAAAAAACUAUCAAAUGAAAGCUUUGAUAGUCUAUACAGGGUAAAAUAAAAAGGACCUAUACUUUGCAUAGUGACUUUUGAGGUCAUAAAAAACAACUUUUAUUAUGGGACCAGUCUGAAAAAGCGAGAAAAAAAUUGGUUGUUUUAUCUGACUGACGUGACGCCGCUCAUAUGGAAGACCAUUUUUUUUUUUGCAAUUUUAGCAUUGGUCCCAUCGUAAAAAUUGUUCAUUAUGCAAAGUAAGGCUGGUCAUUUUUAUUUUAGCCUGUAUAUGGUCAUACUGCUUUCAAUCUAACGUACGUUGGUCACAAACACUAAUAUCACGUAACUUGCAAGUAAUGUAAUUAUUUUACAACUGAAAUAAAAACAUCAGUUCAGUUAAUUAGUCCUCCUAUGACCUGCGAUACAGAAUUCACAUCUAUCAUAUUCAAGCAAUGCUAUACUCAAACAGAAACUAUACAAUAAUAUGAGUUACUUCAUAAAACUUCAAUUGCUCAAAAUUAUUUCGAAUAGCAUUGUUUGAAACAUCUCGAAUGUAAUCAGGUUUUGGCAGUAGUGUGAUUAGUAAUAGUUGGCCUUGCUAUCUAACUUUGCCCGACAGUUUCAAACACAAUCUUUGAAGAAUUUCUUACCGGUGAUCAAAAAUCAGAAAAUUUGACUAUACAAUAUUACAAAAUAUAAGUUACAGCGCUGACACGAUUUUUGACCGCAACAGUUUUUUUUUAUAUAAAUAAACCUGUAGUUACUGUGUCUGUUGUGUUGGGUAAGAAGUUAAAAAAUAUCUAGAAGGCAUUGAGGUAGUAUUUUCAAUGAGCACAUUUCAAACACUUCAUCACGGCUUGAUUAUAGUAAACGCGUCAACAAGUCUUUAUAUUAGUAUUUAGAUAUUAAGUAUACAUCGAUCUUACUCGAUCGCUUGUUUUUAAAGUAUUAUAGGAACUUUAGGGCAGAUAUUAACAUUGGUAAUCGAUUAUUGUGUAGUUUGAUUAUUCCUGAUAGUCUUUGGCCUAUUUUUUUUAAUAAUUUGAAUCGAUUUAAAAACAGUAUUUGACAAGCAAACGAGUAAAAUUGUAUUUGAUUUCUACGAAUUCAGCUGUGGAUAUACGCUAACUUAAUAUCAUUAUUAUAUUUAAUCUGAAGGAGUAGAAAUUAUAAUAAUUUCUUUAUUCAUUAUUAUUGUAAUAACAAGUAUGUAUGUCGUCGUGUAUUAUUAAUAUUCACCCUAUCCGGGAUAGUGCGAAAAAAAAAAACAAAAAAUAUAAAAAAAAGUUAAAAAAUAUAUAAAAAUACAAAAAAAUGUUUGUAAAAAUAUUUCGAACUCUCACGGGAUUUUUGUACACAACUGUUGACACAAGUCGCCGAAACACCAGCAGUCCGAAAUAUUUUCUUUCUUUAUUAUAUAAAAUCACAUUUUUUUCCUACGCUGCGAACUAGCAAAAAUAAUUUACCAAAAUUAACUUUUGCUAUUUAGUGGUAAAAUAAUAUAUAAAAUACUUAGCAGGUAAGUGGUUUUAUGUUUAUUUCCAUAUUUAGUAUUACAAUUAUUUCCCGUCUUGAGCACGAUUAUGUAUACAAACCAGCAAACAUAAUUUUGUGUGGACAUACCACGAGUAUGGAGUUCAUCAAUAGUGUACAUAGUUAUGCUCAAGGGUGUGUAUAGAUUAAUUUGGCAGCGUGUCCAUGUUUCAGUAUUUUUCACUAAAAGUAUUAUGCGAUCUUUGUUCUUUGUUGACAGUGAAUGGGACACGCUGUGCGUAGAAUAACUAACUUUAAAUGUAUUAUUAAUUGAUAACGAUUAAAGUUAAUCAUAAUCAAAA